CUAUUUCCGUCCUGGCAGUCCUGCCCCAACCCUCUUGCCAAAAUCACAUUCAGAGUCGGAGACAACACUCGGUUGCUAGCUGCGCUUCUCUUCUGCUGCGCUUCUCUUCUGUCGUCUCCACAAACAUCCCCCUCAUCUUUCUCUCUCAAAAUGGGUCAGCUGAGAUCCUUGCCUCGUCUCACUGCCAUCAUGUUCUCCGUUCUGAUCACUCUUUCAUCCUUCGCCACCGCUGAUGACGCUGCUGUCAUGUCCAAGCUCCUCGCCGCCCUCACGCCCGCCCCAUCCGGCUGGUCCGCCACCACUAGCUGCUGCGACUGGAAGAACGUUGGAUGCGAUUCCAGCAACCGUGUAACCUCUAUCAACCUGGCUUCUAAGUCUAUCUCCGGCACUCUUCCCUCCGAUCUCGGCUCUCUCACCCAGCUCACAUCUCUCUCUCUCCAACAGAACUCCUUCUCCGGACCCCUACCCUCCCUUGCCAACCUCUCCUUCCUCCAAGAAGUCUACCUCGACCAAAACGAUUUCACCUCCAUCCCGCCCAACUUCUUCCAAGGACUCACCAGCCUGCAGACGUUCAGCUUGGACGACAACUCGAAUCUUCCAACCUGGACCAUCCCCACCGAGUUGACUCAGGCGACUAGCCUGGCUAGGUUUUACGCCAGCAAUGCCAGUGUUUAUGGGUCCUUACCGGAUAUCUUUGCCUCCUUCCCUAGUUUGAAGGAUCUACGGCUUUCUUACAACAAUAUCACUGGCCCUCUGCCCAAAUCUUUUGGAGGGUCCGGGAUUCAGAACCUCUGGCUCAACAACCAGCAAAACGGGAUAUCUGGUACCAUCGACGUUUUGUCUUCAAUGACCCAGUUAAGCCAGGUAUGGUUGCAUAAGAACCAGUUCACGGGUCCGAUCCCGGACUUGUCGAAGUGUACAAGCUUGUUUGAUCUUCAGCUCCGCGACAACCAGCUCACCGGCGUCGUCCCAGCCUUGUUGAUGUCGAUCUCGAGCUUGAAGAACAUUUCUUUGUCUAACAACGAGCUCCAAGGUCCUUUCCCAGAGUUUCCGAACGGUGUGACUAGCACUAUUGACGGCACCAAUAGCUUCUGUAAGAAUACCCCAGGGCUUUGUGAUUCGCAAGUGACGACAUUGCUCGAGGUUGCAGCGGCGUUGGGGUAUCCGAUCAAGCUAGCGAAUGCUUGGCAAGGUAACAACGCAUGCGACGGUUGGAGUUUCAUUACCUGCGAUCCUCAGGGGAAGAUUACCAUUGUAAAUUUCGCGAAGCAGGGCUUUUCUGGGACGAUCUCACCGGCCUUUGGGAAUCUGACAUCGUUGAGGACAUUGGCUCUGGCAAAUAACGAUUUGACCGGUUCGAUACCGGAUAAGUUGGCCACCUUACCGGACCUUCAGGUUCUAGACGUUUCAAAUAAUAACCUAAAUGGGUCUAUUCCGAAGUUCGCAUCGACGGUGAAGUUUACUUGGACAGGUAAUCCGUUGCUUGGGACGACUACCCCGAGCUCUGGAAGUGGAGCCGGAACUCUUCCUACGGACUCGAAUAGCACAACGCCGAGUGGUUCUCCGGCUGGAACGGCAUCAGGCGGUACUCAGGUCUCACCCGGUAUGAUUGCUGGUAUAGUUAUUGCUGUGGUGAUUUUCGUUGUGGCUGUAUUGUUUGUUUCGAUUAAAUGUUAUCUUGGUAAGCGGCAUAGGAAAUUUGGGAAGGUGGAGAAUCCUGAAGAUGGAGUGGAAGUUGUUAAGAAUGGCAUAAUGGGUGGUGUAAACGGGUAUGGAGGAGUGCCCAGUGAAUUGCAAAGUCAGAGCAGUGGUGAUCGUAGUGAUCUUCAUGUUUUCGAGGGUGGAAAUGUAGCUAUUUCGAUCCAAGUUCUUAGACAAGUAACUAACAAUUUUAGUGAAGAUAACAUUUUGGGUAGGGGAGGAUUUGGAGUUGUCUACAAGGGAGAAUUGCAUGAUGGUACUAAGAUCGCCGUGAAGAGGAUGGAAUCUGUGGCAGUGGGUACUAAAGGAAUGAAUGAGUUUCAGGCAGAGAUUGCUGUCCUUACCAAAGUUAGGCAUAGGCAUCUGGUUGCCCUUUUAGGAUACUGCGUUAACGGCAAUGAGAGGCUUCUGGUGUACGAGUACAUGCCUCAGGGGACUUUGACGCAGCAUUUGUUCGAUUGGCCUGAGAAUGGUUGCUCUCCUCUUACUUGGAAGCAGAGGGUUACAAUAGCAUUGGAUGUGGCGCGUGGAGUAGAGUAUCUCCACAGCUUAGCUCAACAAAGUUUCAUUCAUAGAGAUUUAAAGCCCUCUAACAUACUUCUCGGGGAUGAUAUGAGAGCCAAGGUUGCGGAUUUUGGUUUGGUUAAGAAUGCGCCUGAUGGCAAGUACUCUGUCGAGACUCGGUUGGCAGGGACAUUUGGUUAUCUCGCACCUGAGUAUGCAGCUACUGGAAGAGUGACAACCAAAGUGGAUGUCUAUGCAUUUGGAGUGGUCUUGAUGGAGCUGAUUACUGGUAGAAGAGCCCUAGAUGAUACUGUGCCGGAUGAGAGGUCUCAUCUGGUCACAUGGUUCCGUAGGGUCCAAAUCAACAAGGAGAAUAUCCCGAAGGCCAUUGAUCAAACUCUCGACCCUAACGAAGAGACCAUGGAGAGCAUAUACAAAGUUGCUGAGCUGGCAGGACAUUGCACUGCUCGCGAGCCAUAUCAGAGACCAGAUAUGGGCCACGCAGUCAACAUCUUAAGUCCUCUAGUAGAGCAGUGGAAACCAACUUCUCACGAAGCAGAGGAGAGCUGUGGCAUUGACCUACACAUGAGCCUUCCUCAAGCAUUGCAAAGAUGGCAAGCAAAUGAAGGUACUUCCACGGUGUUCAACGAUAUAUCCUACUCUCAAACUCAAUCAAGUAUCCCCUCAAAACCUUCAGGGUUUGCAGACUCAUUUGAUUCAAUGGAUUGUCGAUGAGUAAAAAAGAAAACAAAAAUGCAUGGCAAAAAAUAUUGAAACUGAAGAGGAAGAGGAAAAGUUGGGGCUAGCAAGAUCUGAGAAAAAAUUGGCAGGUUGCAAAGAUGUUUGAUCCAGUGGUUUACCAAAGUAUGCCCCCCUUUUUGGUUCGUUUUGUUCGUUAUUUUCACAAUCUAUUGAUUCUUAAAAGCUAACCAGUUAAUAUUUGGUGAUGGUCAGAGGUUGUAUCAGAAAUAUAGGGGGAAGGGUAUAGAUAUGUAUGAUAUUUUUCAUGAAGUUUUCAAACUAUUUGUAUGAUCUUUGAACU